AUGGCCCGGUGGCCCGCACCGCCUCCGCCUCCGCCGCCGCCGCCGCCGCUCGCCGCGCCGCCGCCGCUGCCCGGCGCCUCCGCUAAGGGGCCGCCGGCGCGCAAGCUGCUCUUCAUGUGCACCCUGUCCCUGUCCGUCACCUACCUGUGCUACAGCCUGCUGGGCGGCUCGGGAUCGCUGCAGUUCCCGCUGGCGCUGCAGGAGUCCCCGGGAGCCGCCGCGGAGCCCCCGCCGAGCCCGCCGCCUUCUUCGCCGUCGCCGCCACCCCGUGUGCGCCCCGGCGCCUCCUUGCCACCACUGGACAACGCGAGCCACGAGCCGCCGCCCGAGCCCCCCGAGCGCUUCACGGCACCCGCGGCCGACGGCUGGGGACUGGCGAGCGGCGGCGGCGCCCGGGACGCAUGGUCCCGGAGUCCACCGGCCCCAGGAGACGUGGUCACAGCGCAGGGCGCGCUGCUGGGGCGCGGGGCGCAGGAGCCGGGCACCACCGAGGACCUGGCAGGCCCGAGGGCGACCAACGCGAGCGCGGAGCGGGGCCCCGCCAGCACCCCUGAUUACGGGGAGAAGAAGCUGCCCCAGGCGUUGAUCAUCGGGGUCAAGAAAGGAGGGACGCGCGCGCUGCUCGAGGCUAUCCGCGUCCACCCGGACGUGCGGGCGGUGGGUGUAGAGCCGCACUUCUUCGACAGGAACUACGAGAAGGGGCUGGAAUGGUACAGACUCAGGGACAUUGCAGAAAAGGGGACGUGUAAGGAGAAAGAACGUGAAAGCUGGAUGAUGGAGGAGUGCUUUGAAAAGUUGUCUUCUGGACGUGACAUGGGUUUUAAUAUCCAUCUGUCCCAGAAUGACUCUGACAUCUACUGCUUCAUCUGUGUGAUCGUUCCCUAUUGUGCCGGGCACUGUGAUUGGUUCUGGAAAGAGGAAGGCAAGUACAACCAAUGGGUGCUUGCUCUUGGGGUCUUCCAGUGUAGGAAGAAAGAGUCGAAGACGCUGCUGUCUUCAGUGCAGUGGAAGGGCUCCGAAGAGUUCAUCACUACCUUGUGA